GGUUCCUACAGGAAAAUGUCUUCGGAAGGAGUUUUUAUUGAAUCACCUUCUAAAGAGAAACCAAUAAUUUCAAUCUCUAAUAACGAUGAUCAUCUCACCAAAUCCGUCGAUCCUUCCCACCAUGGAGAAUUCGUCGUCAAAAUUGACGGCAACAACAAUGCCUGUACUAAAGAUGUCGAUCAAGUGUGGAAAGAAUCCAGUUACGAUUUCUGGAAAGAAGGGGUUAUGGAGGGCAGAGGUGGAAGCAAUGCAGGACAACAACAGGGAGGGGAAGAUCCACCGUCCAGGUUGAUUGAGCAGUUCUUGAAUAAGCAAAAAGCUGCAGGGGAGAUGUCAUUGGAUAUGGAAUUGGAGAUGGAAGAGCUUCAGAUUCAGAAUGAUCGAAGUUUACCUCCAAUUGCAGAGAGUCCGACCGAUCAGUUGUCUCGAGACCUCAAGGUAUCUUUCCAAGAACCUUCACGGAAUCGUAUCGAAAUCUCCUCUGAUCCCAUCCGGCGACCGGACGACUACGACGAGGAGAAGGAGAAGGAGAAGCAGCACCAUCAACAACUACCACCACGGCCGAAGUCUUGGAAUUCGGAUGGUAGAAGUGCGGUGUUAAGAUGUACUUCCAAUGCUUCAUUCCGUCCAAAUUCCGGCAUGUUAAGGACAAGAACCAAGUCGAGAUUGAUAGAUCCGGUGGAAGAAUCAGAAAGAAGAUCUUUCAGAAGUACAACUCCUCCGGCCAAAUCAGGAAUGUUGAAAUCUGGUUUAUCAGGUAAGGUAGGUGAAGAGGAAGAAGAAGAUCCUUUCUUCCUAGAAGACAUUCCCGAAGAAUUCAGAAAGGGGAAACUCAGUGUAUUAGCAUUACUCGAAUGGAUAAGUCUCGUUUUAAUCCUCGCUGUCUUUAUUGCAAGUAUUACAGUUCCACGUUUAGAGAAAAAGCUUGUCUGGAGUCUCCAUCUAUGGAAAUGGGAGAUGUUGAUUCUAGUUCUAAUCUGCGGAAGAUUAGUCUCUGGUUGGGCAAUUCGGAUUGCUGUCUUCUUCAUCGAAUGCAAUUUCUUGUUGCGCAAAAGGGUUUUGUAUUUUGUUUAUGGUGUGAGAAGAGCUGUUAGGAAUUGCAUUUGGUUGGGACUUGUUCUUAUCGUUUGGUAUGCAAUGUUAGGUGAUAAGGUGAGACAGAGUAAGAAGGCUGGACUAUUGUUAUAUGUAACUAUGAUUUUGGUUUGUCUCUUGGUGAGUACUUUGAUUUGGUUGGUGAAGACUCUUCUUGUUAAGGUUCUUGCUUCUUCGUUCCAUGUGAGCACUUAUUUUGAUCGAAUUCAAGAUUCUCUGUUCAAUCAAUAUGUAAUUGAGACACUCUCUGGACCUCCUUGGAUUGAAAUUCAACAAACACAUGAAGAGAAUGAAAAGUGUAUGGCAGAGGUUCAGCAGUUGCAGGAUGCAGGGGCAACCAUGCCGGCUGACCUUAGAACUGCUGCUUGUCCUUCAAUUAGAAGUGGGAGAGUAAUUGGGAGUGGAAGGCUACAGAAGAAUACUGCUACUGGCACCAAAAGCUUUAGGCAUCAAGAUGAGGGGAUCACAAUUGAUCACCUUCAUAAACUGAACCAAAAGAACGUCUCUGCUUGGAACAUGAAGAGAUUGAUCAAUAUCGUUCGGCUUGGAGUCUUAUCGACAUUGGAUGAACGGAUAUUAGAUUCAACACAGUAUAGAGCCGAGGAAUCAAAUACGCAGAUCAGAAGUGAAUAUGAGGCAAAAAUUGCUGCAAAGAAGAUCUUUCGCAAUGUGGCUAAACCUGACUCCAAGUACAUUUACCUACAGGAUUUUAUGCGUUUCAUGAGAGAAGAUGAAGCUCUUAAAACCAUGAGCCUCUUUGAAGGAGCAAACGAUACCAAGAGAAUCAGCAGGUUUUCUCUCAAGAACUGGGUGGUUAAUGCAUUCAGAGAAAGAAGAGCCCUUGCCCUGACAUUGAACGAUACGAAAACUGCUGUAAACAAACUUCAUCAUAUGUUAGACAUCAUUGUGAUAAUCAUCAUCAUUGUUAUAUGGCUUCUUAUAUUAGGAAUUGCCACAACCCAUUUUUUUGUCUUGAUUAGCUCUCAACUCCUACUUGUGGUGUUCAUCUUUGGAAACACCUGCAAGACUGUAUUUGAAUCAAUAAUUUUCUUAUUUGCAAUGCACCCAUUCGAUGUUGGUGAUCGAUGUUUAAUAGAUGGAGUUCAGAUGAUAGUAGAAGAGAUGAACAUCUUAACUACUGUGUUUCUGAGGUUUGACAACCUGAAGAUCACAUACCCAAACACUCAGCUUGCUCAAUUGCCUAUCAGUAACUUCUACCGUAGUCCUGACAUGGGGGAUAGCAUUGAUUUCUGUGUUCAUGUUUCCACUCCACUUGAGAAAAUUGAUUUGAUGAAACAAAGGAUAUUAAGGUAUGCUGAUAGGAAGGAGGACCAUUGGUGUCCUGGUUCCAUGGUUGUUCUAAGGGAUGUUGAGGACAUGAACAGACUAAAGAUAUCAGUAUGGGUAACACACAGAAUUAAUCAUCAGGACAUGGGGGAAAGGUGGAUAAGGAGGGAACCCUUGGUAGAGGAGAUUAUAAAAACUCUCAAGGAGCUCGACAUCGAAUACCGAAUGCUACCUGUUGAUAUCAAUCUUCGAAAUAUGCCUAGCAUAAAUUCUACAAGACUUCCAUCUACUUGGACUACUUGUGGAAACUAAGGCAGUUCUAAUCUUGUAGUAUUGAUCCUC